UGGAAGUUCAAUUUGUUGACAUGGUGAAACUGAAAAAGAAAGCAGCGCACGCACCAAAGAAGCCGCUCAGCCGCAAGGAGCAGCGCAAGCUGAAACAGGAGACAAAGAAGAACAACAAGAGAAUCUACCAUGCGGACAAAACAAAUGGAGCGCAGCGCGUAGCAGAGGCAGCAGCGGCUGCGGCUUUAGCAGCGACACAGACAAGCAAAAAGAAGAAAAAACCAAAAAAGAAGCAGCUGAAGCCCGAGGACAUGCCUCGAGAAGAGCUGCUGGCGGGCGAAGUGAAUGAGGAUGAUGAUGAAUCUAUAGCCUCCGAUUUUAGUGAUGCGGAGGUGAAUGCUCGCCUGCCAUCAGAACGUAAAGUGGAAACAUACGAGCCCCUGGGCAAGAAGCCCAGGAAACACGCCGGGAUACAGCGAGCCGACGAAGUGGAAGUACGCAAGCGUGAGCUGCGCCAGCAAAAGGAGCUGCUUAGCAAAUCGCGCAAGCAGCGAAUGAAGCAACUGAAGUUAGAAAACGUGGAGGAGGAUAAGGAAAUCGCCAAGCUGGAAAAAAAGUUGAAGCUAAACAAGAGCAAGGACAAGAAUCGUCUGGUUCGAAAAAUGUUCAACGACGGAUUGGACUAUCUGCUCGACUUUGUGCUUGACGAUGAGGAGGAGAAACAAAAAUGGGAUGAAAAGCAGCGUCGGAAAAAGGAACUUAAGGAGCAACAGGAAAAGGAGGAAGCAGACAUGUGGAGCGAAGAGGAUGAACCAAUGUCAGAGGCAGACAGCGAUGUGGACGAAAACGAAGUGUCGUCGGAUCAAAGUGACAUGGAAGAGGACGAAGACGAUGAUAAAUUAGAAUCCAAUAGUGAAAGCGAGCACAGCACAGAACAAACGAAAUACAAGGAGGACAUUUAUGGUCGUCGUCGCGAUGCCGAUGGCAAUAUUGUGCCCGAUAAUGCCGAGGUGGAGUCAAAAGGUUCCGGCCAGAAAUACAUACCACCACAUCAACGGGCGCUACUCGCUCCCAGCGAAGGUUCCAAUGCCCAACAGGCGGAGCAACUGGCGCGCUUGCAAAAACAAUGCAAGGGUUUGCUCAAUCGACUGUCCGAGGCGAAUCUUCAUAAGAUUUCUAGUGGCAUCGAGACGCUCUACAUGAAGAAUUCCCGAUAUAACAUGAACGAGACGCUGACAAAACUCCUACAGGAGGCGCUGCUGGGACGUGCUCGCGCCAACGAGCGCAUGGUUCAGGAGCAUAUGGUACUGUUGGCUUUUCUGCACGCGCACAUUGGCAGCGAGAUCGGCGCGCAUUUCCUGCAAACCUUCGUUGAACAGUUUGAUGGCUAUGUAAAGGAGAUAAACGCACUGGAAGUGGAGGAUAAGCGUCUGAACAAUCUGGUUCUAAUCCUGUGUUACAUGUACAUCUUUAAGAUCUACGAGCAGCGAUUAUUGCUAGAGCUGAUUGCGCGACUUGCGGGCAGCCUGUGCGAGAAAUCAGUUGAAUGCCUGUUGCUGAUUUUCCAAACGGUUGGAUUUCGUCUGCGCAAAGAUGAUCCCCUGGCCUUUAAGAAUAUGAUGCAAAACGUGCAGUCGCAAAUUGCUGCAUCUCCGCUAGAGUUAAAGGAGAAUCCGCGUCUGCGUUUCAUGGUAGACAUUCUGAACGCUGUGAAAAACAACAACAUGAGCAAGUUGCCGCAGUAUGAUCCUGAACUGGCGGAGACGCUCCGCAAGCGCCUUAAGGGAAUGCUCAGAAAUGAACGUUAUGUUGUUACGCUGAAUAUCACCUUGGAAGAUCUGCUGCGUGCCGAUAAGCUAGGCAAAUGGUGGAUUGUUGGCUCAGCAUGGGCGGGCAAUCUGGCCGAGAUGGGCACCGCUCAGGCGGAGGAACAGAAACAGCGCCAGCAACCAGGAAGUGAGCGCUACUCGGAAAAGCUAUUAGAGCUGGCCAAGAAACAGCAUAUGAACACCGCCGAGCGACGUAACAUAUUUUGCAUUAUCAUGAGCGCCGCCGACUAUGUAGAUGCAUUCGAAAAAAUUCUUCAUCUGUCACUGAAAGAUCAGCGAACUGUUGCCUAUGUGAUUAUACAUUGUGCACUCAAUGAGCGCCGGGCGAAUCCAUACUAUGCGCAUCUGGCAUUGAAAUUCUGUCAGUAUAAUCGCAAAUUUCAGCUGGCCUUUCAAUUUGCCAGCUGGGAUCGCAUCAAUGACAUUGAAACGCUGUCGAAAAUUCAAAUACGCAACUUUGCUAGCUUCCUACAGCAGCUAAUACUAGCCUCGGGUCUUCAGUUGUCUGUGCUGAAGGUUGUAGACUUUAUGCAAUUGCACAAACUUAGUUUCUAUUUUAUGCGCGAAAUUAUGACACGUCUGCUGCUGUCCAACGAGGAGAGUCAACUCUACCAGGCGUUUGAGCGCAUUGCGAAGAACUCCAAGCUGCAGCAGUUCAAGCAAAGCAUCCGCUUGUUUAUGCAGCAUUUUAUGCUUGAGAAACUGGAGGAGCACAAGGAAGAGCAGCAGCAGCUGCUCCGACAACGCAUUGAGCAUCUGGACAAGCUAUUGGCAUAUGUGGAUUUAUAAAUAACAUGUUUUUUCUUUUGUUUAUUAAACCCUAAAUAUUAA